AAUUAAAUAGGUUACUUCUAGUAUCAUUUACGCGGUGUAAGUGGUUACAUUUAAUAAUAAAACUCUACGUCUUUUUUUUGUGGAGUGAUGCUUUUUACGUAACAAGGCCCCGUCUGUUACGAUCACGUGAUGUUUGGCGUGUGCCAUAACGUUUAACCUGCUUGUGUGGAGCACUCUUAUUAUUUUCAGUGUGGAAAAAUUCACCAGCUAGCAGAUAUGGACUUCAACGUAAAGAAAUUAGCCUCUGGAGCCGGUCUGUUUUUCACACGCGCCGUCCAGUUCACCGAGGAGAAGUUGGGCCAGGCGGAGAAAACCGAGUUGGACGCUCACUUUGAGAACCUGAUGAGCCGCGCAGACUGCACCAAGCACUGGACGGAGAAAAUCUACAGGCAGACGGAGAUCCUGCUGCAGCCCAACCCAAUUGACCAUACUGGUGCUAGAAUUGAAGAGUUUUUUUAUGAAAAGUUGGACAUGAAGGCUCCUUCCAGGCUUACCAACGGGGAGCUGCUGGGCCAAUAUAUGCAGGAUGCAGCAAAAGAAUUUGGGGCUGCUACUCCAUAUGGAAGCACUUUAAUCAAGGUGGGGGACUGUGAGAGAAGAUUAGGAGCAGCAGAGAGAGAUUUCCUUCAGACAUCAGCCAUUAGUUUUCUUACCCCUCUCAGGAACUUUCUGGAAGGAGACUGGAGGACCAUUUCUAAAGAACGACGUCUUCUGGAAAAUCUUCGCUUGGACCUGGACGCUUGUAAAGCACGUGUGAAAAAGGCGAAGACGGCUGAAGCCAAGGCCGCAUGUGAGGGUGAAAUGGCUCCAGAUUUUCAGGAAACCAGACCCCGCAACUAUGUGCUGUCUGCCAGUGCCUCUGCGCUUUGGACUGAGGAAGUGGAGAAAGCUGAACAUGAGCUCCGCGUUGCCCAGACGGAGUUUGAUCGCCAAGGAGAGGUCACACGGUUGCUUUUGGAGGGCAUCAGUAGUACACAUGUGAACCACCUGCGUUGCCUGCAUGAGUUUGUGGAGGCCCAAGCAGCUUAUUAUAAGCAGUGCCACUUCCACAUGCAAGAACUACAGAAAGAGCUGGCAAGCUCUGAUGAGGAUGUGCUACCCAAUGCUUUUACACUGAACUCCACCCACUCCAUGGCUACUCCCAGCUCUGUGUCAGAAGCCAUCAGCAGCCCUGUGGAGACAGACACGCUUAAGAUUGAGGAAGUCCAGGCACCAGCCACAGGAACCCGCAAGGCCAAAGUGCUUUACGAUUAUGAUGCUGCUGACUCUAGUGAGCUCUCCCUUCUUGCUGAUGAGCUCAUUACGGUUUACACUGUACCAGGAAUGGACUCUGACUGGCUGAUUGGAGAGAGAGGAAACCAGAAAGGCAAAGUGCCCGUCACAUACCUGGAACUUCUCAGCUAGAGAGCAAAUAAGCGUGCAUGGGCAUGAGUGUGAGUGGGCACAACUGAAGCCAUGAGGAUAUUUAUUUUACUUUAACACAGUAAACAAUAACCACUACCCCAAAUCACACUCCUCCACAAGAUGCUAAAACAAGAGCUUUCUUAUGGGUGUAACACAGUGAAAUAUUCACACCACGCUGACGAGAGUGGAAAUAGUUGUUACAAUCCCAGAAAUUCCUGUGGAACAUGUCCAACAUUCCUUUUUGAUUAGCUUGGUGAUUAAUUGUUAGCCAAUUUUUAUUUUUUUUUCCUAUUUAUUUGUGUGCAUGCCCAAAGGUUCAGGCAGACAUUUUCAUGCUUGAUUGGAGUUUAUUUAUGUUACGUUUUUAUGUUAAGUGUCUUUAUUGUGUUUAAAAGAUGAUUUUCCUCAUAAAAUAACUGUAGAACUUGAAUGGAGGCACAGGAGUUCCUGAAAGUCUACAAUAUGACGUGUUUCUAUUUUGUUUAACCUUGUGUCUUGGUUUGAAGUUUGUAAGCUUGCAUUGAUGAGUGUAAUGUCGUGAAAUAUGUUGAGAGUUUUUCUUCAGAAGGCAGCAGUAUAAACAUAUACAUAUAAAUUGUAGCGUACCCUAGAGACCUACAAAAUAGUUAAUCAUGGAUGCUUUUCCAUUUUUGACUCUCGGAAGGAUCUGCCUUAACUGCUAAUUCAAAUGAAUGUAAUUGAAGUGAAGUGGUUUCAAGGGACAUCAAUUUUGGGGAGGGUCAGAUUGAACGUUAACUAGAAAUAAUUUUGUGUCUUUGAGUUUUGUGUUCUUCCUCCCACAUCUUUGCAGACACACACAGCAAAUAAAUAGGAACACUCCCAUCUAACUGCCUUAAAAAAAAGAUGGGAGGGAGCUGCUAAGAAUAUCUACUAUAAAUAACAGAAUGUGUUACUCACACUGCAGAAAUUCAUUCAAUACAACUUAAUGUGCGUCACAGCCAGCAUGGCACACUGUAAUCUCCUCUAAUUAUACAAGUGUUUGUGUGGUUUGCCCUUAAUUGUCUUUUGGUUUUACAGCGUUCCUGUCGAUUUGUUAAUACUUUAAAAUGUCUACAGUCUUAGCGCUGCAUGUGCUACACCUUGUAGCCUGUCCUUCUGGAUGUGUAGGUGUGUGUAUAUGAGUCUGCAAGUCUGAAAUCUGUACAUGCAUGCACUGUCUUUUUUGUAUCCAGCUUAGUCUCAUGAGUUCUUGUGAAAUGAGCAUGAGUAUUUUACCCACAGGACACACAUGAAUAAUUCUUGGCAGAGAAAUGACAUCCACAUCAUGUAUCAUCUUGUGCUCAUUACACAAUUUUUUUGUUUGCUUUUUUCUAAACAACUGUACCUCAUCUUUCAUUAUUAUUUUGUCUAAAUAUUUUAUUGCCUGUUUCCCUGCUGAAUGAAGGAAGUGUGUGGGAUUUAAUAAAAAAAAGUCCAACUGA